AUGGCCAAAGGUAAGACCAAACACUCCCUUCCGACUGACUCGAGUACCGAGAUGUCGAGCCAGGCAUCGAAGAAGGAGAUGAAGCGGUUGAAGAAGCUUCAACGACGAGAACAGGACAACGGACUCGUGGACGACGGUCAUGGCGCGUCGGGUCCGGGGUCGAUGAUGGAGGAAGCGCAGGGGAUUAUGGAUGUUGAGGUCGGGAAGGAGGGGAAGAAGAUGAAGGAGGACAAGGGCAAGAAGCGGAAGAGGGGGCAGGUCAGUUCGGGGCUCGAAAUCGGCGAUGAGGGUGUUGAUGAUGCGGAUGUUCUGACUCAUGAUCAUCUCUUUCUCGUACUCGUCGUAGGAAGGUAUCGAUCAAACAGAGGAGGAACCCCUCGGUCGUACGAGCAACGACGCCAACCGAGCUCACAAGGACCAAGGUCGGGAGGAGCCUCAUGCUGCUGCAUCAGACGUGAGUCCCACCGGCAGCUCUUCAUUCCAGAAUCAUGCAGACGAUUUACCAAACCAGUCUGUUGGCCAACGCCACCAGCCGACGACUAGUGCGAACUCGGACUCGAACGGGAUCGGCCUCGACCGUGAUGUCAAUCAGGAGCAUCAAGCGGAGGAGAGCGAGUCCAAGCGACGCAAGAAGGACAAGAAGAGUAGCAAAAAUGCCAAAACUACUUCUUUGGAGUCGACUGAAGACGCGCCACCAGAAGAAGCCGACGACGAUCCCAAGGCGAGGAACAAGGCGGUGAAAAAGGCCGAGAAGGAACGAAAGCGCGUCGCGGCGGCUGAGCCGCAGACUCGUCAAGCUUUGCAAGAUCGGGAUCAGCAACAACAACUACAGGAAGAGGCCAUUGAUGAGGGACCCUCCGUUGAUAAGCAAGGCAAAAAGGACGGCGAGCAGAAGAAGAUGAAGGGCAGGGGGAACGGCAACGCCUUUGAAGAGAGACCGAGCGAAACCGCAGGCACGUCGAAAGCAUCGGUCACCACAGCGUCCGAGACUCGACCGGUUUCUUCUCACUUUAAGAAAAAGGGCACGAGACAAGAAGCUACAACAUCGAAACAAGCUGCAGCUCCCGCCAAAGCACGCAAAGCACAUGAGGUCGACGUUGACGGCUCAGAUAGCGAUGCCGAUAUUGACGUCGAAACCCUCAUCCAAAGCCUCAUGGUCGCGCGUCCCAAGUCCAGCUCCAAGGCCAAGGCCGCAACAUCCGACAAGGCACCGAAAUCGACUCCGACCGGCGGUGAGGAGGGACGCAAGGUGCAGAAAGACAAGGGCAAGCAGAAGGCCCUCCCGAGGUCCUCACCAGGACGCGAUGGCGAUGACAAGGAGGCUAGUAUUGCUGCUUUUGAGGGCAUGGAGCCGAUGGAGCUGCUUCGAUCGAAAUGGUUGACCGCCCCGCAGCUUGAGCUUGUCAAGAAGGCGAAUCCUGGUCAGUUGAACGCAUGUACGGCAUUACUGGUGGGGUUUCGCUCAUGCGCCUUGACAUGCUACAGGGUUCUGGUACAACUCGGGUCGCUUCACCCGUACGGAGGAAGAGCAGAUCCGUCAAGCCGUUGAAAAGUACCGGUCUGCGCAUGGCUUGACCGAGGCCGAGAUGAUCAUCAUCAUCACCACCCCUAGGAACAAGAAACAAACCGACGUCAACAUCAGGGAACUCCUCGAAGGUCACGAAGAAUUCUGGCCCGAGAUCGCCGCAUCGGUCGAUCGACGUUCCCUUCUUUCGAUCUAUAACUACGUCAAGAGGAAGUACAACCCUCUUGCGCGAGCGGGUCCUUGGACGGAGGAACAGGACGCGGCGCUGCGGCGCGCGUAUCAGGAACAUGGUUCGAAUUGGCAACAGGUUGGCGAUGAGGUCGGACGUGCGGCUUUCGACUGUCAAGAUCGGUACCAGAAGCAACUUUUGAUGAAGAGCGAACGUAAGACGGGAGCUUGGACGAACGACGAGACUGACCGUCUACGACAAGCCGUUGCGAAGCAUGGCUCGAAUAAUUGGUCUGUGGUGGCCAAGAUCGUCGGGCAACGCACACCGGCGCAGUGCAGGACCAAGUGGUCAGUUCACCGGAAAAUCUGGCGAGAAUUUUUACAGCCAUGCUAAUACCCCGCCUGUACAUCUGACUAGGAAUGACGGCGUUGCUCUGCGCAAUCCCUCUCCCAAGCUGGACAGGCUCCUCACUCUUCCUGAACAUCGAUCCAACCUCGUCCAUGCGUAAGUCCAACCGCAUCCACUGACACCUGUCACCCCACAAAAGUGCUAACGGUUGAGAUAUUACGAACAGCCUCAAAGAUCUCAAAGUCAAGGACGAGAGUGAGAUCCAGUCGUGGGACUUUGACGAUCCAACGCUCAAGCAACACAGUGCAAAGACGUUGCAUGAUAGAUGGACCCGAUUGCUCAAGCGGGCAUUGAAGGCACUGAAAAGGGAGGAUGAUAGGAAGGAUUACUCGUAUGCGGGUUAGUCGAUACUCUAGUUCAUACCUUUACAAUCGCUUUUGACUUGACUCAAUCCCCCUGAACGUGGCUCCUCGCCAUGCAGACAAGGUCAGGUGGUUGCUCAACCGCUACCCCGAGCCAGGAGUCCACCUCCGCUACAGAGAAUGGCUCAAGACGAAGGAAGGGAUCGCCGCAAAGUCAAGGAUCAAGACGAACACCAAGAAACAUAGGCGGACCCCUUCUAAGAAACAACCUCUGAGUCAAGCCUUUGUCGAUUCGAGUGACGAUGACACCGAAUCUGAGUCUGAGUCCGAGAAAGACGAGGAGGAAGAGGAUAAUGAAUUGGCAUAA